AUGAUGAUCAUAUCAGUUUCGAAGGUCAAGCUCUCGACAAGAGUAAAAGUCGAAUGUCGCGUAAAUUUAAAAGUCCAACACGACCCUCAAGGCCGCGCGUCCCUGGCCGGGCAGGAGCGUCGCGUCAUAGACGCAGCUAGUGCAGAUCCGGCGGCGCGCUGCACUCGGUCAGUGUGUCAGCCCCACUUGGCCGCCGUCGAUCGAGCGGGGGACGCGCAGGCGCAGCAC